AUGUCCUCCGCCACAGACAAGGCGCGCUUCUACCUGGAGAAGUCAGUGCCCGAACUCAAAGAAUACGAGCGCAAGAAGAUUUUCAACAAGGAUGAAAUCAGCUCGAUCAUCAAGAAACGCUCCGACUUUGAGCACAAGCUCAAUGCCCGCGGGGUUCAACCGAUAGAUUUCGUGCGCUAUGCCGAGUACGAGAUGAACCUCGAGAUUCUGCGCAAGAAGCGAGUCAAACGGCUGGGGAUCCGCUCUGCGGGAUUCAGCGGACAUCGGCGCAUAUUUUUCAUUCUCGAUCGGGCCACGCGCCGGUUCCAGGGGGAUAUCAACCUGUGGGUGCAAUAUAUCGAGUAUGCCCGGAAACAAAAGGCGCACAAGAAGUUGUCGAUGAUCUUCACGGAUGCGCUGCGCCUACACCCGACCAACCCGGAGCUGUGGAUCUACGCCGCCAAGUACGUGCUGGACGACCAUGCCGAUAUGACACAGGCGCGGAGUUACAUGCAGCGCGGUCUACGGUUUUGCAAGAGUGCGCGGGUACUGUGGGUGAAUUAUGCGAAGGUGGAAUUGAUUUAUAUUGCCAAGCUGGUCGCUCGGCAGAAGAUCUUGGGUCUGGAUGAAGAGCGUCCACAGCCUACGGAGACGGGCGGAUUGGAUGACGAUAUGAUCGCGCUGCCUCAGAUCACGGGCGAGGAUAUUGCUCCGAGCGAGGGCCAGGAUGGUGACGAAGUUGACCAGGUGGCGCUCCAAAACCUCAACGCGACGCCUGCGCUGAGUGGCGCCAUCCCACUGGCCAUCUUCGAUGCCGCCAUGAAACACUUCAACAACGACGACAGGUUCGGGUUCGACUUCUACGAGAUGGUGUCGGAGUUCCAGGACGUGCCGUGCCUGCAGAAGAUCCUGGGGCAUGUGGUCGAGGUCAUGCAAGCGAGCAAGCCCGCCAGCCCGCGGACGCAGAUCUGCUACAUCAAAUUCCCUACCGCUGGAAUCCCAGUGACAUCGCCCGAGUUUCCGCGCGCGCUGGGUGGCUCGCUGGCGCGGCUGAAGGAGUUUCCGCUGGACGGCCCGCUGGCGAGCGAAGUGGUGAACUGGCUGCAGCCAGUUGGGCAAACGGAGGACGUGGAUCCGUCACUGCAGAAGGUGAUCGCAGCCACGAUCCGCAAUGCGGAGCGGGCAUGGCAGGAGUAG